AUGGCCGGUCUAGCCCUCCUCUCCCCGCCCACCAAUCCCCGCCCGCCGUCGAGCACCAGCACGACCGCUCUCUCUUCUCUCGACCAGGCCCAGCCCCCUCCAUCGCCCACGCACGCCCAUGAUUGGCAGCCCGAGAGCGCGCUCAACAGCCUCUGCGCCAGCUGCCAGCCGGUGGUCCAGGCCCUGCUUGGGCCCUACCUCGACGGACUCGCCCAGCUUCUGCACGCCCCGAUCGUCCCCGGUUACGUCUUGGUCCCCGCCCUCGUCCACCGCUCGCAGCUAGCGCUCUACGCCACCACAGCCGUCCUCCCACCACCGCCACAGCCCACACACGGCUCCGCCUCCGCGAGCCCGACCCCGUCCGCAAGCACGCCGACACCCCCACCGACGACGGAGCUUGGCCCCAGCCCAGCAGCGGACGGCACCGGCAAGCGCAACCGCCGGGGCGUCAAGAUCGCGUGCACGAACUGCCAGCAGGUCCGGAAGCUCUGCGACGAGGGGCUGCCCUGCCAGCGCUGCAUCCGCCUCGGCCACGCCCACUCGUGCGUCCGCGGCGAGCGCAAGCGCAGGGCCCGCCGCAUCGUGGCCGCGGUCCCCGGCGGGCCGGGGACACCGCAGGCGCCCACGAACGUUGACGGCUCCUCGGACGUGGUGGCGGCCGGCCCCGAGACGGCGUCGCACGUCGUUGACAGCCCCUUAUUAGGCGCUGACCCGGCAAGCGCGGGGGGCCGCUCACCCUCAGGCAGCCCGACGUUCGGCUCGGACGACUUCGCGUUCGACGCAGGCGACCUCUUCCAGGACGGUGCGCACUCGCAUCUGCACCCGUACGGGUUCUACGCCGGCGGCGGGCCCUGGCCGUCGUGGUUCGGCGGCCAGCAACAUCGUCAGUUACAACAACAUCAGCACCAACACCAACACGGAGGCCACCCCGCGACGCUGUGGAACGGCUCAGGCCACUCGCCCGUAGACAUGACGUUCACACCCCACGCGCCCUCGCCCGAGCAGUGCGCCGCGCUCUUCCAGCCCCCCUCCGACCAGCACCAGCACCAGCACCAGCUCUAG